AUGGCACAGAAAAUUAAAAUAAAUCGAAGGAACUCGGUUUUUACCGAGAUUCCUGAGGGUGCGCGCCCGCACAAUGUCAUUAAGGCAGUAGAGGAAAGUCUAGGGGAAGGAGCAGUAGAAUGUUUGCAGCCAUUAGGACAAUUUAGGGUAAUAGCAAAUUACUCUGGAAUGAAAAAGCUAUGUGUCCGAUGCAAGCAGGUUGGACAUUUCACUGCCGGCUGUACGUGUAAAAUGUGUGGCGAAGUAGGACACUCACCCGAAGAAUGUUUGUCACAGAUGAAGAAAAAGAAACUGAGUGGAGCACAGAACAGAAAAAAAAGGGCCAGAGAAGAAGAGUCCCGUCAAAGAGGCACAUUAAAUGACUGGAUAAAAAGAAGCAAAGAAGAAGUAGAAGAUAAUGAUUUAUGUAAAAAAGAUGGAGAUUUCAGUACAUUUUUCGAAAGAAAUGAUUUUGGCUAUUUGAAGAAACCUGUUUCAAACAAGUUGAAAAUUACAAUAGUACAACAUGGCCCAGAAAGAUAUCAAAAUAAAAGCGGUCCAUUUAUCGAGAAGAAUGGAAGAUCCUUUUCAAAACAGUGGUUUGAGAAAGUUUCCACAAAUGGAGAAACUGUGAAGCGGAAAUGCUUGUUAUAUUCCCCAUAUCGAAAAGCAUGCUACUGUUUUGUUUGUUUUUUGUUUGCAAAGGAGCAGUCAUCAUCAAUGUCAAACUUUAGCAAGGAAGAAGGUUUCUCAUCUUGGAGGAAAUUGAAUCCCCAAAUACCUGACCAUGAAAAAAGCCCUUCCCAUAAAUCUUAUAUAAGGGAAUAUCUGAACCUUGUAGUUCGACUCCAGUGUUCGAAUACAACAGAUGCUGAACUUCAACAACAGAUGUCUGCUGUAAAGAAAAAAUGGAAAGCUAUAACUGAACGGAUUGUCGAAGUUACAUCAUUUUUGGCCUUUCGUGGACAUCGAGGAGAAGGAAUUUCUAGAUUAACUGAAUCAGAGGAGAUAAUCAAUGAAAAUGCAGGAAACUUUAUGGCAACAAUCAGACUAUUAGCCAAGUAUGACGUAAACUUAGCCGAACACAUGCAGAGAGGAAAAGAGAAACCAAAAAGUGUCACAUACUUGUCCACCAGAAGUCAAAAUGAAAUCAUCGAUCUUCUAGAUACUGCUCAUGAAGAUCAGGUUUCCGAAAUUCUGAGGUACGUUCAUAUUGACGAAAAUAACAAAGUAGAAAUGAAGGAAAUAUUUCUGGGAUUUUUUCAAAUCAACAAAAAAGAUGCAGUCAGCUUGGCAAAUAUGAUUAUGAAAAAACUGGAAGAAAACAAAAUUUCCAUAAAGGACUGUCGUGGCCAGGUAUAUGAUAAUGCAGCAGUUAUGGCUGGAGGGAAGGGAAGUGUUCAACAAAAAAUUCUUCAAUUUAAUCCUAAAGCAGUAUUUGUAAAUUUUGAGAACCACAGCCUCAAUUUGGCCUGUGUCCAUGCAAGUGAAGUACAACCUGUUGUUGUCACAUUUUUUUGA